AUGUCACACGUAACAUCGAGAGAACCGCGCAACCCGCCAGCCGUCAUGCACACCAUCUUGGAAAACAUCGGCAACACACCUCUAGUGCGCCUAAAUAAGGUGCCGCAGUCGAUCGGCGUCAAGGCGACAGUCUACGCAAAGUGUGAAUUCUUCAACGCCGGCGGAAGUGUAAAGGAUCGAAUCGCGUUGCGAAUGGUCGAGGCGGCCGAGAAGGAAGGCCGCCUCAAGCCUGGUUACAGUGUCUUGAUUGAGCCGACGAGUGGCAAUACCGGUAUAGGUCUUGCGCUCGUAGGUGCAGUCAAGGGUUAUCGAACCAUUAUCACUCUGCCAGAGAAGAUGAGCAGCGAGAAGGUGAGCGUGCUGAAGGCUUUGGGUGCUGAGAUUAUCCGCACACCUACCAGCGCGGCAUGGGACAGUCCGGAGAGUCAUAUUGGAGUGGCCCGACGGCUAGAGAAAGAGAUACCAGGCGGUGUAAUUCUGGAUCAGUACGGCAAUCCAAACAAUCCUCUGGCUCACGAGUUUGGCACUGCGGCCGAAAUUGUUGAGCAGACCAGUGCGCUGCCCAGCAACCUCGCUGCAGUGGUCGCUGGAGCCGGUACUGGAGGCACAAUCACAGGUAUCUCGCGAGGAAUCAGGAAGGCACACGGAAGUAAGGUGCAAAUAGUCGCCGCUGAUCCCAAGGGCUCUAUCCUGGCUCUGCCAGCCGAGCUCAACGACGAUGGCAAAGACUCUCCCUACAAGGUAGAAGGCAUCGGUUACGACUUCAUUCCCGAUGUGUUGGCUCAAAACGAGGUCGAUGUCUGGUACAAAACAGAUGAUCGCGAGUCCUUCUACUGGGCAAGACGACUCAUUCGUGAAGAGGGUCUACUUGUGGGUGGAAGCUCCGGCUCAGCCAUGGCAGCGUGUAUGAGAGCAAUCAAGGAUCUCAAACUCAGCGAGGACGAUUCGGUGGUAGUCAUUCUACCAGACAGCAUUCGAAGCUACCUGUCCAAAUUUGUCGACGAUGACUGGCUGGCAGCAAAUGAUUUGCUACCACCUGCAGACCCUCUGACUGCUCCGCCAACGCCCAAGGCUCACGCUAUCGACCCGGAAGACGCCGUUAAUACGGACGCCUCAACUCCAGCCCAGCUGCCCAUCCACACCAAGGAGAAGCAUGCCAACGCCAAGAUAAAGGAUCUUCGACUCAAACCUAUCCAAACCAUCGCUGAAACUGCGAGCGUCGACGAUGCCGUUGAACUCAUGCGCGACAAGGGUUACGACCAGAUUCCCGUUACCUCAGGAUCAGGCAAAAGACUGGUGGGCAUGGUCACGCUUGGUAAUUGUCUUUCGUACUUGUCCUCAGGUCGGGUGAACAUCAAAAGCCCGGUGGCGGAUGUCAUGUUCCACUUCUCGAAGACCGACGAGUUCAAGCCCAUCGAGGUCAGUCCUGAGGGCGCUGAAGGCGAAGAGAGCAAACGCCAAUUUGUCGAGAUCACCAUGGAAACACCUCUUAGCUACCUAGAGCGCUUCUUCGUUUGGAACGCGGCUGCAAUUGUGACGGAACGUGAUAAUGAUGGUUCACUCAAGCCACUCGCUGUUGCUACUAAGGUGGAUCUGCUCCUGUGGCUCGUGAGGCAAGGUCGACAAGAAGGUUUGAAGAAGUGA